AAAAAAGGAACAGGAAACGAGAAUGAAAGGAUAAAUGUGCCAGUACUUUAAGGGAUGCAUCAGUUUAGGUGACAGGUGACCAGAAAAUGAGGCUUAUGCUUUAAGCAAUACAAGUUGAGUAACCAGUUUAAUCAUGUAUUAACACUGGCAGCCUCACAGAAAUCAAGCCGUCCUAAAUACUUAUGGCUACAGGCAGGUGAAAACAAUGAUCAUCAUGGUAUGUAGUUUUACACUCGGUGACUUUGAAUUUGAACUCCCUUUACUUCAUAUACCGCCACAAAAAGAGUAGCCAUCGCGGCAGACAACUGUUGAAUGUUUGAUCUAGUGCAUCAUUUAUAUAGCAGGAUUUAGAAUAUUGAGCAUGGGAAAUGAGAUGGGCAACAAUAACACAUCUGGAUUGAGAGAAGAAGAUACCAUGGCCGAUGAGGAUCAGGGAAAAUCUGUACAAGAACUUGUUAAUGCCAACGUUGUAAAAGAAGAAAAUCAUGUGCUUCCUGCAGAAGAGAGUGAGAAUUAUCAUGAAAAAGUUACAGGGUUAGAUUCUGACGAUCCAAAGGGUUCUGGAGAUACUCAUGAUCAUAACCAGGCAUCGGAUGAGUCAGAUCAUACCGAAGUCCAUCCAGCUGCUGGAUCUCCUAAAGCAGAACUGAAAUCAAAUGAAGUAGGUGGCGAAGAUAAUCAAUCUCAACCAGCUUCUUGGCCGAAUGAAUUGGAAGGUCAUGAGAAGCCAACAGAGUCCAAUCUGGAGGGCAAUGUUCUGGGAGCAAACAGCAAUCAGUUUGAGAAGCGAGCUUCCUUCAAGAAAGAGGAAGAGAAGGUCAUGUCAACAUCACCUUUUUUUACCAUAUCACCAUCACAUGAUCCAGAACCUCUAGACUCUGUGGGAUUGAAGUUUGAUCAACAUGAAUUAACAGAAACUUGUGCUGACCAAUCUGCACAAGAUAGCUUUAAUUCAUCGAAACCAAGUGAAAAUAUCCUAGGAACAAGUAUUGCAGGCAUCACUUCGGCGAAUGAUCACCUGUUGAAUACCUGCCUAUCUGACAAUCUGGAUGGAAUUCUUGUUUCUGGGACCAAUCUAGAUGUGGAGGAGAAAAUGGUUGACUUGUCAGAGAAAGAAAUGACAUCUCAAGAAGAUGAGAUGCUCUGUGAAGAGAAAGUUGAGGUUGGAAAUUAUUCAGCCAAAACAAAUGUUAUUGACGCAACAAGGAUAUCAUCAGAUUCUCGAAGUGAUUACAGAGAUAAAUGUGAAGAGUUCACCAGUGAAAUGGAUUGUUAUGGAAACAAUUGCUCAGAGUCACAUCCAGAGGCCAAUCUGAUGGCUAACUCACUAAACUCCCAUAUAGAACUAUCUGUACCUGAAGACAAAUGCUUUGUCUCCACUGAAGAAACUGAAUUCAUGAGAAAAGAAUCAGAAAUAGAAGCUAACGAGCAUCAUUACGACCUGAAUCAGUUACGUGGGGAUUCAAUUAGAGAAUCAGAUAAUGACUUGGCAAAUGCAUCUCAAACUGAUUCUUUUCUCGGACCAAGUUGCAAGAAUAAUGAGGAGAGUUCAGUUAAUGUUUCUCAUGAUCCUGUUAGCUACGGAAGCUGCCAAGUUGAGAAGGCAAAGGUUGAUGAGAAUGGCUACCACGUUGACUUGUUCAAUGGCAUCCAGAGUGAAGCUUUUGAAGACAGCUGCAAGGAAUCUCAAGGAGACACUAUGAUGGUUCCUGAACUUGGAAUGCUCCCAGAAGAGUUAUCCAUGUCCAACAGAAGAGGCAAUGAAGAGGGAAACAGAUUGUACAAUGGGGGAAGAGAAACCAGAAGAGAGGCAAAUUGUCGAAAAGAUAAAGGAGAAGACCGAAGUUCCAUGUGCCGUGGGUAA